AUGAGGUUAUUAAAUACUCAAAAUCUGAAUAAUUAAAUAAAAUAUUGUUCUUUAUAAACAAUAGUAUGUUGUAAGCUUUUAAAUUCAAUGAUAAAAAUUUUUAAAGUAAUGAUAAAAGAAUCUGUUUUGGAGUUAUUGAAAUCAAUUUUGCAAAGUUUAUAUGGUGAUAUUCAUAAUAAUGAUCAGAAUAAUUCAACAAAAUAUGUAGGAAAAACUAAAGAGACUAAUUUUGAAAAUUACGAAUGUGAUAUGAUCUCAGACAUAGACAAUGAAACUAUUGAAAGAGCUGAAAUUUCUCCUGAAAAAAAUAAAAUUGAUGACAGUAAUGAAAGUUUACUAAAUAAUAAUAAAUCAAAAAAUAAUCAUUUACAGUUGAAUGAAAGAAAUAAUAAUAAAAAUAAUAUCAGUGAUGAAACUGCAUCAGAUGCAAUAAUUAUAAACGAAGAAAACUAUCAAAAUCCAAGUUCAAGAAAAGACUGUUUAAUACAAUCUUCAGAAAAUAAUAACAAUAUACCUAAAUGCAAAGAAAAAUCCUCUGAUGGUAAUAUUGAAGAUUGUGUCACUGCAUGGUUAAAUGAUGAUGACGACUUUGAUGAAAUCACUAAAGAAAUUGAAUUUGAAUUUCCAUCAGAUGCUGAUAACAAUGAAAUUUUACAAUUGUCAAAUAACAAAGAUAAUUCAAAUUGCAAAAAUAUUACUAAUAAAGAUGAUAAUGCUUGCAAGAAAACAAUGGAAAAUAUAGAACAAGCAGAAAAGAAUGAAAGGAUUAAUUGGUCUCUUGGUAAUAUUAGAAAUGAACAAGGAAAUUUUAUUGAGAAAGAUAACGUAUAUAUUUAA